ACAGUUCAAUUUUCUGAUUUAUAAUUGAGCUGAACUUGAAAGUGGUGAAACUAUUUCCUUGUUGAAGUCGCAUUUGGUAAAGUAGGACUAGCGGACGCAGGAGACGCACACUUCCCAGGACACAGUGAGCUGUUUAGUCAAGCUGCAAAAUCUCGAGAACUUGUGGCCAUGGACAAGUCGAAGAACUUUCGUAUCGACGCCCUGUUGGGAGCAGAGUCGCGGCCGUUCAGUCGUCCAGGCUCACCGAUCCACUGCGGAGACGUCUCGGAGGUCAAACCAGUGGCAUGCAGGCAAGCAGAGACAUCCCCUCACCGUGGGACAACCGGGGUCAUCCCUUUCCCCACUGGACUUAUCCCCAAACCGGGACUUUUGAGCAUGUCUAAUGCGGGAAUAACUUCCCUACCCCAGACGUCCAUCCCAGGAAUGUAUCCUGCACCCAUGUACUCUCUGGCGGCGCUUGGCGCACAGCACCCAGCCUUUUCCUACUCGGGCUUUACGCAAAUGCCGUAUCAUGAACACCUGAAAGCGGCCGCGAUGGUCGGGGGAUUCCCUCUGGAGCAUUGGAUCCGGGCGGGAAUGAUGUUGCCACGUCUCGCUGAUUACAAUGCUCCCCAGGCAGGCCUGAUGGGGAAGUGUCGGAGGCCUCGUACCGCCUUCACCAGUCAGCAGCUCCUGGAGCUGGAGAAUCAGUUCAAGCUCAACAAGUACCUGUCACGGCCCAAACGUUUCGAGGUGGCCACCUCCCUCAUGCUCACCGAGACACAGGUGAAAAUCUGGUUCCAGAAUAGGCGUAUGAAGUGGAAGCGGAGCCGCAAGGCCAAGGAGCAGUCCGGCCAGCAGGUGGCAGAGGCGAGGCUCCUGGGCUCCAACAAGCGCACUGGCACCGCCGCCGGACCCGGCAAACACAACGACCCCACCCACCGCCGGCCCAGCACCCAGGAUGAGGAGGAGGACCUGGAGGAGGAGGAGGAGGAGGAGCUGGAGGAGGAGGAAGAGGCGGACUUCUCGCAGCGUUCCGGCGGCGCGUCGUCGGAGCUCAGCUACAGUUCGCACGGCUCCUACUCGGAGGACGAGAUGGAGGAGAUGGGAGCCGACAGGAAGACCAGUGUCGGACUAUGAGGAAGUGACAUCAUCCUUUUUUUUUUUUUUU